AUGCAAGGCUCCAGCUUAACCAAUGAAAAGUACAAUGGUGAGUUUCCUCCUUUCCAAACAGACUGGGAGCAGUGUCUUGCACCUCAUCAAAAUUGUCUCAUUGCAGAACAACUGGACUAUGAUCAAGUGGAGAUGGCAGAAAUGGCAGCAACAAUGAAGGACCAGAUGAAUGCAGAACAGAGUGCUGCUUUUGAAGAGAUCACCCAACAUGCAGGUGAUGGACAGACCUUCUGGCUUCAAGGCCCUGGGGGGACAGGGAAGACAUUUGUCUACAAGGCACUCUGUGCAGAGCUGUGCUCACAGGGAAAGAUUGUUCUCUGUGUAGCCUCCUCAGGUAUUGCAGCUUUGCUCCUCCCAGGUGGCUGCAUGGCACAC